AUGGAGAAGUACUGUCGUAUGUUCAGGAAGAAGGAAAUGGGCAGCGUCCAGACACUGGUUUGUGUCAAGCAGGUGAAGCAAGAGGCCUCCCACGAAUGGAAUGAGUACAUGCCAUUGCCUGGGGACAUCAUUAAAGGGUUUGCAAUGGAGGACAAGGAUGAUGAUGAACUGUUUGUACCAAUCAAUGCAAGGUCAGAAUUCAGUUCGCAGCUCGGGAAAAUUAGUCAACAAGUUGAGGCCAUUUGGGUGAAGAUUAGAAGGGGAGAUAGCACUCUUAAACUAAGGGCAUGUGUAGUGACUGAUAAGUGUUCCAAACUGUCAAGAAGGUUUACAAUUCGAGCCGCCUCUGAUGAGCGUCAUGUUGCUGUUCUAGGGGACCUUACCUUGGAUCAAUGCACUGAACUGCAGGAGAUGAGCAGGAGAGUGGUGAACAUGGACUACAGGGUAUUCAACCAGAAGGGAGUGAAUUAUGAUUGGAAGAUGAAGGUGGGAACCUUCCUGCCACUCCCGAGAUCAACGGUUGUUAGCUCCAUUCUUUUCAUGCCUCUAGUGGGGGAGAACAGUGUUGAAGCCACUACUGCCAGGUCCAUGGCCUGGUUCUCAGCUGCAGUUUCUUCUGGGGCUCCUCUCAUCUUUGUCAAUAUCCAAACAGAACAGAUUUUAACAUCGGAGAAAACUAAUUCGACAGGAAGAGAAUUAGGCUGGUGUAGGCAGACAAACUCUGGCACCACUCUCCAAAUUGUACAAGGCAUAAGGCUAUGGUAUCUACCAGGAGUAGCAGAAGUCCCUGUUGAAUUGAUACCAGAACUAGGAGAAACCCGAUUCGGAAUGAACAUCAAACGAACUGAUGAGGGCUUGAUCUGCGUCUUCUCAGUAACUAGAGGCUCAGCUGCAGACCGUGCCGGGCUUGGGCAGCUGUGGGAGGAGGCGAAUAAAACUCGGAGUUUAGUAGUGAUAGCUAGAUUAGAAGGGAGGAGUCUCUUGCCUUCGACUGUCAGCUCUGCAGGCCUCAUCAGCUGCUGUGAUCAUAGCGAAAUUAAGGACACGCUCAACUCAAUGAUGGAUCAAAUGGAAAACGUACAUCUCCAAGUCAUGGCCUGGCCUAACCAGACAUUUGCACAAGCGCCUCAAGCAACUGGGGCGGCAAAGCUUCGGCCUCCAAGCGAGUACUAUUCCAUGCCACCGCUGUGA